AUGAGAGAAGGUUCAUCACCACCAUGGCAAGUUCUUAAUCUAGUCGCCGACCACCUCGACCCAGAAACCCUAGCCACCGCCUCCUGCGUCUGCAAAUCUUGGUCGGUUUCCAUGUCCUCCGACCACCUCUGGCACCCCAUUUGUUCCGCAACCUACCCAUCUCUCUCCAACCUCCGCCGCGCCGCAGUACCCUACCGCAAGCUCUACUCCCUCGGCCGCGCCGCCGAGAAGCGCCGCCUCCAAAAGCCCCCCAAACCCCGCCUCUCAAUGGCCGACUUCGCCUUCGCCGUCGACAUCCAGAACAGCCGCGGCUCCGUCGCCACGGUGCUGAAGCCCGGCGCCCAGCUCAAGCUCGAUAAAAGCGGGGUCUUCCGGUUCGAUAUCGAUGUGGAGAGCGGCGACCAGGCGGCGGCGUUCGACGAGCUGGACAGCUUGAGGAUCACGUGGAACGUGGUGUUGCAGGGGUUCGACGGCGUUUUCACGGUGAUGGACUGCAACUGCAAGGGGAAAGGGAGCUUUAUAUUGGGGUUGGAGGGGUGGUUCUCCAAGGAGCUGCCGGCGGCGGGGUGUUGCUCGAGCGGCGCCGCUAGUGGGCUGGUGGCGGAUUUGAGAUUGGGGCUGAGGGAGAGCGCCGCCGGGAAGGUGGUGGCGGAGAAGAUGAGCGUAGGGCUGUUGAGUAUAGUGAGCUGGAGAUAUGUAUGUGUUGAUGAUGCUCUUAGAUAUUUGCAGCAUUUUCUUUUACCAUGUAAUUAUUAACCUCAUAUUUACGAGGUUAAAUUACACCUAGAUCCCUAAGGUACGAUGAAAUUACUUUAAGGUCCUCCAUAUAGUAUUGAUAAUUAUAAUUAUCCCUUAAAAUUAUUUUAGCAUAUUUGAAGAUAUCGUAAAAUCUUG